AAAUUCCUAAGCUGACAAGGCCUUCAUCAAGCCAGUCCAGUAGAGAGGUCGUUGACGUUUCAUCGAGAAACCUUGACUUCAUCGUCAUUUUAUAAGGUUACACGCAUGACGAUUCAACGGUUUGCCGGACGAGAAACCCAUUACAGAAAAAAUAAAGGAGGCAGUAGUUGAUACACCGCCGAUGAAAUGGAUUCCUUAUCAAUUAUCAAUACGAACUUACUGCGCGAUAACAAGCGCGGUAUGCGUAAAAAGCACAUGGCACACAAAAAAAAGGAAGUCUUUUUCCGUUCCUUACUUUUUUUCUUUUUGGCGGAUGGCAAGUGUGCUAUUGUUAUUCGUAAAGUCGGUGGGACAAAUAACACGUAACCUUGGAGAACAUCGCUCAAACACCAGGUGGUCAGUGCGAGGUGGGUCUAUUUACUUGUUUUUCCGCUCAUGUUUGGAUCGUCUGUCAGCGUUGCUUAGUGAUAGAUCCACGCCAAGGCUGGAGAGGAUUGAUGGAUUUUCCCCCUUAAAAAAAGGACAAAAAAAAACCUGGAGCCUGAAAUGGUAUUUUGCACUAGCAUAAUGUCAGCACCGGAAACUUGCCCCAGUUUACUCAUUGGAAGAAACAAAAAAUAUUGCUGCCAUUCUUUCAUUAGCCAUUCAACCUAUGAUCGCUUUUCC